AUGCCCCAGUUCCCCAUGGAUUCCGGACUCAAGUCAAAUGAGGAUGCACCUGUGGAUGUGCAUCACCCCUCAAUUCAAACCAAGAACCGUCGAAAGCGGUACCUGGACCUACAUCCAGAAUACUACUCGGCGGAGCUCGAGCUAGCCGACCCGUUACUGUACGAUCGUCUUAUUCGCCGAUUCCAGACACCCCAAGAACGGGAAGCGCAGGGACGAGAGAAGGGGUUCUCGGGUGUUCUACAAGCGGACCUGCUGCGCUCCGAGGCAAAGAUGGAUGCACUGGCCCAUCCACAUCCCAAUGCGAUGCUGAGUUAUACUCGGGGUCCUCAUGGCGAGAUCCUAGCCGAGGACCGUGAUGAUAUUCCUGCUAGUAAGGAAGAGGGCGAGAAACAGUGGCAGUGGGAGAUGGGGUUACGCUUUUUACGAGGCGACGAUGAGGAUUUCGACUACACUACUGUCGAUUAUAAUGAUGAGUUUGAUGAUUUGUCUGAGCUGCAGGAUGAAUACUUCGAGGAUGAGGAACCAGAGUGGGUAGUUGAUGACCAUCAAGGCGAAAAUCCACAGACACAGCUUCAGGGUGAGACUGGCAUUCAGGAUUUCUGA